CAUGGGCCAACGUCGGCCGUCGCUUCACUGCUUUUGCUCCAGAUGCUAGCUCCAGCUUCUGCGGUAUAUAUACGCGUCUCAUCGUGCCCUUUAAAAACUUGAGACACAAUUGCUUAUUGCCCUGCACCAUGACCGACCCCAUCUUGAACGACAUCUCCCACAGGCGCUUCAACCUCUUGCGGGGAAGUUGGAUACUCGUCUCCCCCCACCGCACCAAGCGGCCAUGGCAAGGCAUGCAGGAGUCGCCAUCCUUGACUACUCUCCCUGAAUACGACGAGAAAUGCUACCUAUGUCCUGGAAACACGCGCGCAAAUGGCGAGCACAAUCCCAAAUUCGACAACACUUACGUCUUUGUCAACGACUACAGCGCCGUCAUGGAACAGCAGGAAGAGUAUCACUCCACCAAAAAGGACGGCUCCCUGGCUUCUCGACUACUCCUCGCCGAAUCCGUAACCGGAAAAUGCUAUGUCAUUUGCUUCUCGCCAUCUCACAAUUUGACUCUCGCGGAUAUGACACCAGCCCAGAUCGUGCCUAUCCUGGAAACCUGGACCAACAUAUACUCAGCCCAUCUGGAUCCAAAGUCACCGCUUGCCAAGCUCGCUGCUGCCACGACAAUACCACCACUAUCCCAAGGCGACCUAACCAAACCAAACGCCCAGUACAGGUACAUGCAAAUAUUCGAGAACAAGGGCUCUGCCAUGGGCUGCUCGAAUCCCCAUCCCCACGGCCAGGUCUGGACUACAACAUCACUCCCCGAAGAGCCUGCCAUCGAGCUCCAGGAAAUGACAAAAUACCGCCGCGAACAAGGCGGCUGCCAUCUGCUCGUCGACUACGCGGAGCUCGAGUCGAAAGAGAAGGUGCGAACCGUGUUCGAGAACGAGGGGUUCUGGGCCGGGAUCCCAUACUGGGGGGUCUGGCCAUACGAGAUCCUCCUCAUCAGCAAGCAGCACAAGCGAUCGCUAGUCGAUUUCACAAAGGAAGAGCGAGCACAGCUAGCAGAAUGCAUCGCAGAGAUUACAAGGCGGUAUGAUAAUCUGUUUGAAACGCAGUUUCCGUACAGCAUGGGUGUCCACCAGGCUCCGCUCCAGGGCACACCGGAAGAAUUCGAAUCCAGCCAUUUCCAUAUCCACUUCUACCCGCCGCUGCUUCGCAGUGCUACGGUCCGCAAGUUCCAGGUCGGCUACGAGAUGCUAGCUGAGCCGCAGCGUGACAUUACGCCUGAGCAGGCUGCAGAGCGCUUGCGAGGCUGUGGCGGCGAGUUGUACCGCAAGAAGCUGACUGACAAACCUUAUACGAAUGGGGCAAAUGGGGCAAAUGGGGCGAACGGCGUGAAUGGGGUGAAUGGUCAUCACGAAGCGUAAAGUCGCGUCUGAGAUGGGAGGCUGAAACUGGCUUCUGAACAACUUCACUUCGACGUCGACGGUUUGGCGAGAUUAGCAUUGGUGUAGCAGCGGAAAGGGCAGGCCUGUAUGCGGAAACGAUACCCAGCGUGUACUGGAGAGGAGGGGGGCGUGGAGAGAAAGAGGUCAAAGCAUCACCCAACCACAGCAUGAUAAUGUUCUAGAAGUUAUUUCCACAGACAAUCCAUUUGAUUCACAGGACUACAAUAAACUCCCAUCAACUAGC